AUGAUUUCUAUUAAGAUGGAUAUGUUGAUGGAGGCAUAUGAGAAGUGUGGCCCAGAGGCAUUUUGGGGAGAACUACGUGCAAGAGUUGAUGAGAAGGCGAAGGAGAUGCCUCAGGACAUCCAGUGGCAUAUGAUAGGGCAUCUGCAGAGGAAUAAAGUGGCCCCGUUGUUGAAGGCGGUCCCGCACUUAUAUGCAGUGGAGAGUGUCGACUCGAUCAAGCUGGCUGACAAGCUCAACGCUGCCGCUGCCACGGCGAUGGACGAGGGUUUGAGGAGCGACCCUCUCAAUGUGUUCAUCGAGGUGAUGACAUCCGAUGAGAUCACGAAAACUGGUAUAGAGAAGGAUGAGGAUAUCGAUGCUCUAGCUGAGCACAUCGCUACUCACUGUCAAGGGCUUAAACUGUUUGGGCUGAUGACGGUAGCCAAUCCUGACCUUGCAGUUGCCAGGGAGAACUUCGAGCGACUGGCGGCUAUUGGGGAGAGGGUAUAUGCGCAUGCGUGCAAAUUGAUGAUAUCGAAC